AUGAGUCAAUCUAAUCACACCUAUCAACUUUUAAUAUCGGCUGUUGUUGGUGUUGGUCGAACAAUUGGUGGUUUACCAUUGCAACAUCCACUGGAUACAAUUCGAACUAGGGCUUUAGGAUUUUAUUCUGGAGCAGUACCGAAUACAACUCGUCGAGCCGUUAAACAAACGUAUCGUUGGCCAAUGAUGCUCUAUUUUUCCACAUUUUAUCGUGAAAAAAUUCUCUCACAGAAUUUACAACAAACUUAUCCUCGUUUACCAAAAAUACUUACUGGUUUAUCGGUUGCUAAUUUUGAAAUUAUUGCUAUUAAUCCGUUAGAACGUUUAAAAGUAUGGCUAUUGACAAGUCCACAACGAACAAGUAUCACAAAAUUUUUUCCAAAUAAUAAAACACAGCUUGUCAAAGAAUUAUAUCGUGGCACAUCAGCGUCAAAAUGUACUGUGGGUAACAUUUUUAUAUACCGAUGA